UCCUACACUCUCGUCCCGUAUUUUUAAAGAAAAUUAUUUUCUGUUCGCUGCGUUGGUCUUUUACUGCCAUCAAUACCCUGAAGCAAAGAUUUCAGCCUCUUCAUUCAAAGCAUGCCUUAUAUUUUUGUCAAAUAUGAUCUCUAAUUGAAAGUUUAUUUUUGCUUUUGGAUGCAUCUGUGGAGCUCAUGUUGUAAGAAGAAAGGGGGAACGAGACACAAUGAAAGAGAAGUCCAAAAAUGCUGCCCGGACUAGGAGGGAGAAGGAAAACAGUGAAUUUUAUGAACUGGCAAAAUUACUGCCUUUGCCCUCGGCUAUCACCUCGCAGCUGGACAAAGCAUCCAUAAUCAGACUCACGACCAGCUAUCUCAAAAUGAGAGUAGUGUUCCCAGAAGGGCUCGGCGAGGCGUGGGGCCACUCGAGUCGCACCAGCCCCCUGGACAACGUAGGCAGAGAACUGGGCUCCCAUCUGCUCCAGACCCUGGAUGGCUUCAUCUUUGUGGUGGCCCCAGAUGGGAAGAUCAUGUACAUCUCAGAGACAGCCUCAGUCCACCUGGGUCUUUCUCAGGUAGAGCUGACUGGGAACAGCAUUUAUGAAUACAUCCACCCAGCCGACCACGACGAGAUGACCGCGGUGCUUACAGCUCAUCAGCCCUACCACUCUCACUUCGUCCAGGAAUACGAGAUCGAGCGCUCCUUCUUCCUCAGAAUGAAGUGCGUCUUGGCCAAGAGGAACGCGGGCCUCACCUGCGGUGGCUACAAGGUCAUUCACUGCAGCGGCUACCUGAAGAUCCGCCAAUACAGCUUGGACAUGUCCCCCUUCGAUGGCUGCUACCAGAACGUGGGCCUGGUGGCUGUGGGCCACUCGCUGCCUCCCAGUGCCGUCACGGAGAUCAAGCUGCACAGCAACAUGUUCAUGUUCCGCGCCAGCCUGGACAUGAAGCUCAUCUUCCUGGACUCCAGAGUGGCGGAGCUGACGGGGUACGAACCUCAGGACCUAAUUGAGAAGACGUUGUACCACCACGUGCACGGCUGUGACACCUUCCACCUGCGCUGCGCCCACCACCUGCUGCUGGUGAAGGGGCAGGUGACCACCAAGUACUACAGGUUCCUGGCAAAGCACGGUGGCUGGGUAUGGGUGCAGAGCUAUGCGACCAUCGUCCACAACAGCCGCUCGUCCAGGCCACACUGUAUCGUCAGCGUCAACUAUGUCCUCACGGACACGGAAUACAAAGGUUUGCAGCUCUCCCUGGAUCAGAUCUCAGCCUCUAAACCAGCCUUCUCCUACACCAGCAGCUCCACUCCUACCGUGACUGACAACAGGAAGGGGGUCAAGUCCAGGCUCUCCGGCUCAAAGUCAAAAUCCAGGACUUCCCCAUAUCCUCAGUAUUCGGGAUUUCACACGGAAAGAUCUGAAUCUGAUCACGACAGCCAGUGGGGUGGAAGUCCCCUGACAGACACAGCCUCUCCGCAGCUCCUGGACCCCGGGGAGAGGCCAGGAUCUCAGCAUGACGCGUCGUGCGCCUACAGACAAUUCUCUGACCGCAGCUCUCUCUGCUAUGGCUUUGCACUGGACCAUUCCAGGCUGGUGGAGGAGAGGCAUUUCCACACCCAAGCCUGCGAGGGAGGCCGGUGUGAGGCAGGCAGGUACUUCCUGGGAACGCCGCAGGCCGGGAGGGAGCCCUGGUGGGGCUCUCGUGCAGCCUUGCCCCUGACCAAGUCCUCCCCAGAAAGCAGAGAAGCCUAUGAAAACAGCAUGCCUCACAUCGCUUCAGUGCACAGGAUCCACGGGCGAGGUCACUGGGAUGAAGAUAGUGUGGUGAGUUCUCCAGACCCUGGAUCUGCCAGCGAAUCAGGUGACCGAUAUCGCACUGAGCAGUAUCAAAGUAGCCCACAUGAACCUAGCAAAAUUGAAACUCUGAUAAGAGCCACCCAGCAAAUGAUUAAAGAAGAAGAGAACAGAUUGCAGCUAAGGAAAGCCCCCCCAGACCAACUGGCCUCCAUUAAUGGAGCUGGGAAAAAACACUCCCUCUGUUUUGCAAACUAUCAACAGCCCCCACCAACAGGGGAAGUCUGCCACGGCUCUGCUCUUGCCAACACUUCACCAUGUGACCACAUCCAGCAGAGAGAGGGAAAGAUGCUGAGCCCCCACGAAAAUGACUAUGACAACAGUCCCACUGCACUGUCUCGAAUAAGUAGUCCCAAUUCGGAUCGCAUUUCAAAAUCCAGUUUGAUCCUAGCUAAAGACUAUCUACAUUCGGAAAUGUCUCCACAUCAGACCGCGGGAGACCAUCCCGCUGUCUCUCCAAACUGCUUUGGUUCUCACCGGCAGUAUUUCGAUAAGCAUGCUUACACAUUAACUGGAUAUGCCCUGGAGCACUUAUAUGACACUGAAACCAUUAGAAACUAUUCCUUGGGCUGUAAUGGCUCACACUUUGAUGUAACUUCCCAUCUAAGGAUGCAGCCAGACCCAGCACAAGGACACAAGGGAACAUCUGUUAUAAUAACCAAUGGAAGCUGAUGUUUUUCUAAAAUAUUUUGUUCUUUAAGGAUCUCUGAAACAUAUUUAUAGUUUAAUACCCCAUUACUAGCAUUUACUAUGCCACAGAUGGUUAGAGAGGAUAAUUUAAGUUACUGGGUAUUUGACAUGUGUUCCUGUGAAAUCAAAGAAAAGAGCACUUGCGUUCAGGGUUACACACAGAUAAUGGAGCUAAAGUGAAUACAUAAAUUGCCCCUCUAAUUAUAUGGGAGCCAGAAUACAUAAAUUUUGAAUUGAAAAGUA